UUUUAUAAAAUAGGGUUUUCUGAAUAUAUUGUCAUUCAAACAUCAUUGGUAAAGUAACUAUGUUUUUAGUUUGUUUGUUCAAGAAUAUUAUCCUCUAAAAAGAUUCUACAUCGACCAUGUCUAAUACACUUGAUGACAACGCUAAGAAAGCCUCCAAUGAUCAGGGAGGGCAUAAAGAUAGCCAACGAAGAGACUCGGUGACCCAGUCAUUCCUACAUUCCUUGGGAACUUCUCGGGAGAUUGGCCGACCCAUUAAAGUUGAAGAGGGUUUCAAGCCUAGGACCAAAACUUCAGAUGACUAUGAGAUCCUCUACGAUCCAGAGAUUGACAAGAAUCAUCCGUUGGAUAAAUGGAGGCGAAAUGUCUACCUCAGAUGUAUGCUCAGCCGUGAGAUUGCCAGGUAUCUGGACAGACAAACUUUCAUCACUGUUUCAACGAGGGAGGCACUCUUAUACGGCAUUUUUCUUAUAUUACUAAUUGUCAUCACUUUUGGAUCGUUUUCCUUGGAAAAGUUUUAUCUCAAUGAAGCGAUGGUUUCAAGAUAUACAGAACUUGCUUUUGAAAUUGAAGAUUUGGAGGAUGUAGAUGAUGAUUCAGCUCCUUUGGGGAUAAGUUUCUACCAAAUAAACACUCUAGAACAUGUAUGGUUUUACCAGAGCCACAUUGCUGAAAAUCUUAUUUACAGACCAUUUUGGUAUACCCAAGAUCGUUUAUAUGAAAACAAGUUGAUGGGUCAACCUCAGAUCAGACAGUUGAGAACAAAGAAUUGUUCUUGUGAAGUGCAUGGCUAUUCGAUUAUAAAUUCUACCAUGGCUUGCUACAUGCCGUACUCCGAGAGCAAUGAGGAAACCGAUAACAUGGGUUUGGAUUCACAACCAACGACAGAACGGCUAGCUCUAGUUAACAAAUGGCUCCCAGCUACUAAGACUGGUUCGUUGCCGUAUGGUGGAACCUUUGCUAGAUACGGUGGCGGAGGGUACUGCAACUGA